AUGGCCACUGCUGCUACUGCUGCUCAUUCAACAUUGAUUCCACCAUUAUUUGACAUUUUGAAUCACGUGAUCGUUGAUAAAGACCUUGAAGACUUGACUCUAUCUGGUGAUCACAUGAUCUACACGGUUCCUUCCAAACUUAGGAAUAUGGAUGAAGUAGCUUUCACCCCUCAGUGGAUCUCAAUAGGACCCAUUCACUUCGGCAAAGAAGAGCUGAGCGAAAUGCAAAAGCUAAAGUGUAUGUACUUCCAGGACUUUUGGGCGCGUUUCAACGAGGAAGCCAUUACCAUUAUGAAGGAAUACAAAGGUUUCCUUGAAAGUGAAGUUCAAAAAAUAAAAGAGUGCUAUGCGCAGCAGAAGUUCCCAGGGAUAUGCAAUGAAAAAUUAGUGGAAAUAGUGCUGCUAGAUGCUGUGUUCAUCGUGGAGCACCUACUGACGGAGAGACAAUAUGCUGAUGAAUGUAUGUUAACCAACUACGUUAGAAAAGGUAUCCAGAGGGACUUACUGCUUCUUGAGAAUCAGCUUCCAUUCUAUGUGUUGGAGGAACUCUAUAAUAAAGUCCCAGCCAGCAGAGAUUUUCCUGUUUGCGAAUUUCUAACACUUGCCCUCCUUUACUUCAAAUCUCUUAGUCUGUACGCGAGAUAUUCAAUAAGUAGAUAUGACGUAGUUCAUUUCCUGGAUUUUGUUUGGAGGUGCUGUGUUCCCGAUGAGCAGUAUCUGAACUUCGAAGAAUUGUUUGCAGAGCAUGCAAUUUUGCAAGUGAACGCAAGCAAGUUGUAUGAGGCUGGGGUAAGUUUUAAGUGUGCUGAUGAUAGUUGCCUGGUUGACGUAACAUUCGGGACGAUGCGGCCAUUCAACGGCAAUUUACUUUGCUUGGGUUGCUUGCCAUCAUCAUGCUUGGAGAAUUUCAAAGCUCUAUUGAUGCUCCCGCCGUUUAAAGUUGAUAAUGCAACAGUAACUGUUCUGAAGAACUUAAUGGCCUAUGAGCAGAAUCGUUAUCUGGAAACACCUUUCAUCACCAGCUACGUGUCUCUGUGGUGCUCGCUCGUUCACACCAAAGAAGAUGUAGAGUUGCUGGUGGAGAAAGAAUGCAUUAUCCGAGAACAGGUGAGUGAUAAGGAAGUGGUGAAUCUGGUGAAGGAGCUUUCUAAGCAUGUCAUUUCCAGUAAGACGUGCUACCAUCAAGUCAUAACAGAACUCACACUCCACACCAAGAGUGGCUGGAAAAAGGCCAUGGGAACAGUCAUGAGAGUGUAUUUCCGUGACACUUGGAGAGGCAGUUCCACCAUUGUCGGCAUUUGUGUCCUUAUCUUCACCGUCGUCAGCUUCUAUCGGAAUAUUCAUGCUAUAGUUUCUAAACAAAACUAA